AUGCCCACUGACCACGAUGAUGUCCUUGAAUUUGGGCUAAAAGAAUUGAAGCUCACCAAGAGAGUUAAUGACGAUCGCAUUGCAGCUAAUAAUAAGACAUCACAUUCUGCUCCAACAGUGCCAAGGGUGAGCGCUCCAGGUGAACCAACGAGAGUUUCAUUGGGAGAAUCCGAUGCCAAAACCGCAAAUAUAAGGAAUGCCUUAUCCAAGUCAUCGGAGGCAAUUAAAAUACCGAAUACUGAAGAAGAAUAUAAGAUCAAUGAUAAAAAGAACAGGGCUUCAAGUGCAAAAUCAGAGUCUGAUUCUGAUUCUGACACAGGCUCGGACUCUUCUCGAGAGUGGAGUACUGUACCGGCAAUCUCGACCUACGAUAUCUACAACAAAAGCGGCGAGCUUGCUCUUGCUGCUUACCAAGACCCCCUUAAGACGAUGAGCAGUCCCUCUUUAGGCAAUUCCGCCGCCGAACAUACUGAUCAGCCCAGUAAGCAGAAAAAAUCCUCUACAUUUGGCUACACAAAAGUGGCAGAUGAACAGCAGGCUCAAAGGUCGCAAGCGACCAACAAAAAGACUGACUUCUUGUUCAAUCACAAAGUUAUGAAUGAGUCAAGUCAAUCUCUGAAGGAGGCAGGUACUCCAUCAGAACAGUACGAUGAAUACGAAGAUGCAGAAGAGCAUGAAUCGGAGCUCAACUCGAGAAGUCAAUUAUCUUUUACGAAAAACCUACUGAGUGAAAGGGAGAAAAUUGCGUACGUUGGAUCCAUUUCGGUUCUGGCCAAUACUAUGUGCACCCAAUUGGCCUUAAGCUGUAUUUGCACUAAUGUGACGGGUCGAAAAAAACUCGCUCAAAGGCUGCAACAUAUCCAAAGAGACAUGGGAUUGUGGAGAAGUACUUUAGUGUCGAAACUAAGUGAGCAUCUAGAAAUUUCACCGGAAGAAGUUAAGAUGAUAGAACGCUUGGCAGUGCACGGGAUAGCGCUUGAGGACCUGUGCAAGUGUCUCAAAGUAGCUCAAGUUGUUGAAAAUCCUUGGGAAACACAGAAUACGGUCGACAGAGACCCCGAUUUGAAACAAACAGACAUCAGCAACCCUCCCCCAUCAAACAUUAUUAACCCGGAAGAUCUGAAAAAGGAGUCUGAGCUUCGAAUAGGUGUGGCUUGGACGAUUGUGUGCGACUUAUUUCUGCUUCUUGUGUCGGGAAGCAGAUACGACGCCAGGUCAAGAACUCUCUUCAUCAAGUUCGCUGAGGUCCUCAAUAUCUCGGAAACCGAAAUUUGUGAGUUUGAAAGGCGUGUCAUAGAUGCCUUGGACAUGGAGCAAUCGACGGAAGAGCAGGAGUGGAACGAAACAGAACAUAUGAAAUCACGUCGCAAAAAGAACAAAAGAAAAAAGUUAUGUUACGUGGGACUUGCCACAAUCGGUGGCUCGCUUGUCUUGGGCCUCAGUGGUGGACUACUGGCUCCGGUGAUUGGUGCAGGUAUCGCUGCAGGAUUAACCACUGCAGGUAUAACGGGUGCAACGGGAUUUUUGACCGGUGUUGGAGGAACUGCAGUUGUCGCAGCAACAAGCACUGCGAUUGGAGCCAAAAUAGGAACUGAGGCAAUGUCCAAACGGAUGGGAAGUGUCCGGACAUUCGAAUUUAGUCCCUUGCAUAAUAACAGAAGAGUUAAUUUGAUUCUCAGCGUAUCCGGAUGGAUGACUGGUAAUGAGGAUGAUGUUCGGCUUCCCUUCUCCACAGUAGAUCCAAUAGAGGGUGAUUUAUACUCUCUACAUUGGGAGCCUGAAAUGCUGAAGUCUACUGGUCAAACGAUCAACAUUCUGGCCAGUGAGAUCUUUACACAGACCCUUCAACAGAUCUUGGGCGCAACGAUACUGACGGCCUUCAUGUCAGCAGUUCAGAUGCCUAUGAUGUUAUCCAAGCUGGGCUAUCUCAUUGAUAACCCUUGGAACGUUUCCUUGGACAGAGCAUGGGCAGCCGGUCUAAUUUUAGCGGACACUUUGAUUUCCCGAAACCUUGGUCAACGUCCCGUAACAUUGAUUGGCUUCUCGCUCGGUGCUAGGGUCAUUUAUUCAUGCUUAGUUGAACUUUGCAAAAGGAAAGCAACCGGAUUGAUAGAAAAUGUUUACCUUUUUGGUUCACCUGUAGUCUAUAAUCGUGAGCAGCUGGUAAUGAUACGAUCAGUUGUUAGCGGAAGACUGGUUAACGGAUACUCAGACAAAGAUUGGAUUCUAUGUUAUCUAUUUAGGGCUACGAGUGGUGGAUUCAAAAGUGUUAUUGGAAUAUCCGAGAUCAAAGAAAUCGAAGGGAUCGAAAAUUACAACUGUUCAGGCUUGGUUGAGGGCCAUAUGACAUACCGAAAGAGCAUGCCCAAACUGCUGAAGGCGAUGGGUAUAUCAGUUUUGAGCGAAGAGUUCGUAGAUAUUGAAGAAACUUCUGACCCCGAACAACUUCACCGUCAAAGGCAAAUUGGCUAUGACAUAGAGAAGGCCCAAAAAGCCUCCGCAAAAAAGAAGCGCGCUAGCUGGGUUCCGGGAUGGAUGAAACCGAAGAAAGCCAAAUGGCAAGAAAUGUACGAAGAGUCCGCCAUCGCACAGAGCCAUAAGGCGAAUGACGUGGACACGGACACUGCAGCUUGCAAUUCAGCAAACAAUGGAGAAAAAACAGAUAAAGCCAUUGUGAAUGCCAGCGCUCUUAUGCAGGAACUUGACAAACUGAAAAAGGAAGCUGCAAGUUUUCAGGCGGAGGCUCCUAUCAGCUCGCCUUCAGAGCAUGCGACUAAUACUGGUAAGACCCCACUUGAGGACAAGAGGGAAACGAGUGAGUUCGAAACAACGAAGAACUCUCUUAUGGGUGCUGGGAAAGUUCUUUUACCAGAGGACCCCAGAAGUUUUCAUAAAAAGGAUCAUGAGCCCAUUGAUUUUGCAUUUUCAGAUGACUUCUAG